UAAAAACAAACACUGCGCGUCCGAAACUGAGAGUCCGAAACCAUCAUCGUCCGUGAUUUCGGAAUUUUGUGUUUAAAAAUCGUAUCUCUUGCUCUUAAUUUAUUGUUUUAUUCUAAACUAAAUACAACCAUGGGCGACAACUUCGGAAUCCAUCGUGGACCGCCAACCAAGAAGCCAGCGACAUCGUCUGCGGUUACUUCCAGCGAUGGUAGCGAAGAUCGCACCCAAGGACAAAUUUUGAGCGAUUUCCUGGUUCAGCUGGAAGAUUAUGUACCUACGAUUCCGGAUGCGGUCACGUCUUACUACCUGAACACCGCUGGAUUCGAAGCUUCCGACCCAAGGAUUGUCCGGCUGAUUUCGAUCGCCGCGCAAAAAUUCAUCUCGGAUGUGGCCAACGAUGCCCUGCAGCACUGUAAAACUCGGACCAGUAAUGCGCCCAGUUCGGGCCAUGGAUCGUCCAAGAAUCAGCAGGCCAAGCUAUCGAAGGAUAGGAAGUACACGUUGACGAUGGAGGAUUUACAGCCGGCUUUGAACGAUUAUGGCAUUACGGUACGGAAGGCGCACUAUUUCGUCUAAGGUGGAAUUGAUAACCGUGCAAAGGUAGGUAGGCAUAUGCCUAUUCGCAUGUGAUGACGGUGGUUCUAAUGGAAAUAAAAAAAAAUAAUUCUUAUCAGACAAUGUA